GUGCAGUAGUGUAAGCAGAAGCAGACGCACCAAAAGAGACGAACACUACUACUAGUAUAGUAUUCCCCAUUGGAUUCCAUCCGCCGGCCGGCCUGCUGCCUGCCUGCCAUUGAUAGAUUCCAUCGUCGUCGUAGGAUAGAGAGUACUAGUUUGCAAUUCAAUUCAAUCCCCCAUACCCAUAGGCCAUAGGAUAGGAGUAUGGGAGGCGGCGAUGGCGAUGAGGUGCUGCUGCUGCCGGAGCCGCGCCCUCGCAGGGGCCUCGCCUCCUGGGCGCUCGAUCUGCUGGAGCGCGCCGCCGUCCGCCUCGGCCACGACGCCUCCAAGCCGCUCUACUGGCUCUCCGGCAACUUCGCCCCCGUCCACCACGAGACCCCGCCGGCCCCGGCCCUCCCCGUCCGCGGCCACCUCCCCGAGUGCUUGAAUGGAGAAUUUGUCAGGGUAGGACCCAAUCCAAAGUUUGUCCCUGUCGCUGGCUAUCAUUGGUUUGAUGGAGAUGGAAUGAUCCAUGCGAUGCGUAUCAAAGAUGGGAAAGCUACCUAUGUGUCGAGAUAUGUGAAGACUUCUCGUCUCAAGCAAGAAGAGUAUUUUGGUGGAGCAAAGUUUAUGAAGAUUGGAGACCUGAAGGGAUUUUAUGGAUUGUUUAUGGUCCAAAUGCAACAACUCCGGAAAAAACUCAAAGUAUUGGAUUUUACAUAUGGACAUGGGACAGCUAAUACUGCACUUAUCUAUCACCAUGGUAAACUUAUGGCCCUGUCAGAGGCAGAUAAGCCCUAUGUUGUUAAGGUCCUUGAAGAUGGAGACUUGCAAACUCUUGGAUUGUUGGAUUACGACAAACGGUUGAAACACUCUUUCACUGCUCAUCCAAAGGUCGAUCCAUUUACAGACGAAAUGUUCGCUUUUGGAUAUUCGCAUGAACCUCCUUACUGUACAUACCGGGUCAUUACCAAGGAUGGAGCCAUGCUUGAUCCUGUGCCAAUAACAAUUCCAGAAUCUGUAAUGAUGCACGACUUUGCCAUUACAGAGAAUUAUUCUAUUUUCAUGGACCUUCCUCUGUUGUUCCGACCAAAGGAAAUGGUGAAGAAUGGUGAGUUUAUCUACAAGUUUGAUCCUACAAAGAAAGCUCGUUUUGGUAUACUCCAACGUUAUGAAAAGGAUGACACAAACAUCAGAUGGUUUGAACUUCCCAACUGCUUCAUAUUCCACAAUGCUAAUGCUUGGGAAGAGGGUGACGAAGUUAUCCUAAUUACCUGCCGCUUGGAGAAUCCUGACUUGGACAAGGUGAACGGUUACCAAAGCGACAAUCUCGAGAACUUUGGGAAUGAGCUGUAUGAGAUGAGAUUCAACAUGAAAACCGGUGCUGCUUCACAAAAGCAACUAUCUGUUUCUGCUGUAGAUUUUCCUCGAAUUAAUGAGAGCUACACUGGCAGAAAGCAGCGGUAUGUGUAUUGCGCUAUUCUAAACAGCAUAGCGAAGGUAGCAGGCAUUAUAAAAUUUGAUCUACAUGCUGAACCGGAGAUCAGUGGCAUGAAACAACUUGAAGUGGGGGGAAAUGUGAGAGGAAUAUUUGACUUGGGACCUGGUAGAUUCGGGUCCGAGGCAAUUUUUGUGCCUAGGGAACCCGGUGUAUCUGGAGAAGAAGAUGAUGGUUAUUUGAUAUUCUUUGUCCACGACGAGAAUACAGGGAAAUCUGAAGUCAAUGUGAUUGAUGCAAAGACAAUGUCUGCUGAUCCGGUGGCAGUUGUUGAGCUACCAAGCCGAGUUCCCUACGGAUUCCAUGCUUUCUUUAUAAACGAGGAACAACUGGCAAAACAAUCAGCGUGACAAGUGACAGCGGACUGCAUACAUCCUACAGUAACUUGUUAUAUUUUAGUCGGAGGGAAAUGAUAUAUACAUAUGAAUGUACAUGUGUAUCCUCUUACUCGGGGAAAUAAUUGGCUUAAGGUACAUAUAUGUUUAACUCGAAUUGAACAAUUACUCCUAUAUUAAUUACUUAUUAAGGGAGGGUUAUUAUAUA